AUGCUUAGACGAAUAUGUACGUCCAGAUUCUAUAGCGUUGCACUCGCGCUGUCACAGCCAACAAUAUAUGCUUUAUCCACACCAUUUGCGAAAUCGGCGAUUGCUGUGGUUCGAAUAUCGGGACCUCAAGCUUCCUACGUGUAUAUGAAAUUAACAAAAACAGAAGCACAACCAGAGCAUAGAGUUGCGAAAGUGCGUAAAUUGUACUCCGUGCAGGAUUCGAUACUUCUUGAUGAGGCCCUUACGUUGUUUUUCAAACUGCCCAGAACAUACACUGGUUUGGAUUUACUCGAACUUCAUUUACACGGAGGAACAGCGAUUAUAAAAGCAGUGCUAAAAUCUAUAAGGAACCUACAUGAUCCAGAGAGAGGCAAGAUAAUACGACAAGCUGAGCACGGUGAGUUUUCUCACCAAGCUUUUGUCAAUGGAAAAUAUGACCUUACGGCAUUGGAAGGUAUAAGUGAUAUGAUCAAUGCGGAGACAGAGCUGCAAAGAAUUGCAUCAUUAGCUUCGAUGUCUGGUCAAACUAAAGACCUGUUUGUCAAAUGGAGACAGGAUAUAUUAGAAAAUGUGGCCAAUCUCACGACCUUAAUUGACUUUGGCGAGGACCACGAUCUUUCUGAAAUUGACUCGCUUUUUCAUGAUGUUGGCGCAAGUAUCUCGAAAUUGGAGGCAGAUAUAAGAGCAUAUCUAAAGAACGUGAAAUCAUCUCAAGUCUUGUUAAAUGGAAUUCAGCUCACAUUGUUAGGGCCUCCAAACGCUGGUAAAUCUUCCAUACUAAACACUUUGUCAAACAAAGAUGCGGCUAUUGUCAGCGAUGUUGCUGGGACUACAAGAGAUGUGUUGGACAUUCCUUUGGAUAUUGGUGGGUACAAGGUAGUUUUAGGGGAUACUGCCGGUAUACGGCUACUGACUGAAGCUGAUCAAAUUGAACAGGAGGGUAUCAAAAGGGCCAAGGAAAAGUCCCUUUUCUCAGAUCUUAUUCUAGUAGUGCUUGAUCCAACAAACAACCAGCAUAAUGAUGCAAUAUUUGAUCACAUAUUAGACUUGGUUAAUAAUUACCACAAAGAUGUCAUUAUGAUUUUGAACAAGGAGGAUUUGUUUCUGGAGGAAAAGAACGGCAUAGUAGCAAGAUAUGCUGAAUUGCUAAACAUUCCUCGCAAUCUAAUUUAUGUGGUAUCGUGCUCAUCCGGAUACGGUAUUGACACUCUUCGUAACGAGCUAAUUGAGAAGUUUAAAACAAUAACCCACUUUGGGUCCCAAGAUGCGGCCAUCGUCUCCUCCAGAGUCCAAGAUAUUUUAGAGUUUGACGUGUUGAGUGGCUUCGAAGAGUUUCACUACUGGAAAGAACAAGGCGACGUAGUUUUGGCAACUGAAGGCUUAAGGCAAUCCAUAGAAGGGAUUGGUAAAAUAACCGGGGAAGCCAUCGGCGUAGAGGAAAUAUUAGGUGUCGUAUUUUCAAACUUUUGUAUUGGUAAAUAG